CUAAAUGUGUGGUAGCGUUUGAAUAAAGCUCCUUUCCGCUCUCCUACACAGGCAGCAGCCAGAGGCCCCCACAGUCGCUGGCACCGGGAGCUUGCAGAGCAUCAUAACGGUGAAGAUGACCUCCCUACUUCUGCUGUGUACGUCUUUGCCCUUCAUCUUGGCAACAACUACAUUCCAACACCAGGACGACAUGGAUGGAACAUUACGUGUCAGUAUCCCACUGGAGAUGCAGCUGCGCCCCCUGCUAGGUGGCAAGGUAGUGGUGCCUUGCUACUUUCAGGACAACACCGUCAGUGACCCCGGCGCCCCGACGAUCGCUCCGCUCAGUCACCGCAUCAAAUGGACUUUUGUCACAAAGGAGAAAGUCAGCACCAUAUUGGUAGCAUCGGAGGGCAAAGUUCAGGUGGACAUUGAGUAUCUGGACAGAGUCACAAUGGUAAAUUACCCGCUGGUGCCCACCGACGCCAGCCUAGAGGUAACAGAGCUGAGGUCAAAAGACUCAGGCACCUACCGCUGCGAGGUGAUGCACGGGAUCGAGGACAACUACGACACGGUGGAUAUCCAGGUUCAGGGUAUUGUGUUCCACUACCGUGCUAUAACCACCCGGUACACUCUCAGCUUUGAGAAGGCCAAGGCUGCUUGCAUCCAAAACAGCGCCACCAUCGCCACUCCAGCCCAACUGCAGGCGGCUUAUGAUGAUGGAUACCACCAAUGUGAUGCUGGAUGGCUGUCUGAUCAGACUGUCAGGUACCCAAUCCAUGAGCCCCGGGAGGAAUGCUACGGAGACAAGGAAAACUUCCCUGGUGUGAGAACCUAUGGAGUAAGAGAUGUCAAUGAGACUUACGAUGUCUACUGUUUUGCAGAAAAGAUGUCUGGCAGAGUCUUCUACUCCAUGUCGGUAGAAAAGUUCACCUUUUACGAAGCCGGAGACCAGUGCACCAAACUGGGUGCCAGGCUCGCUACCACUGGAGAGCUUUACCUGGCCUGGAAAGCCGGCAUGGACGUGUGUAACGCUGGAUGGUUGGGAGACAGAAGUGUACGUUAUCCCAUCAACAUUGCCAGGCCUCAGUGUGGAGGGGGGCUUCUGGGAGUCAGAACCGUAUACCUCUUCCCAAACCAGACAGGAUAUCCCUUUGCGGAUUCUCGUUAUGAUGCUAUCUGCUUUCAAGGUAAGGUAGUUAAUUUUGGAUGUUCACAGUGCCUGGUGCGUGAUAGCCAUAGGCUGUUUGCUAAUGAAUCUCUGGGGGAAAGGAGAAUGAAAAUCAAAUGCAAUCUUGUCUCAACCACAGGUAGUGACGAAUGGACUGCCGUUCCUCGAAGGACCACACCUUUCCCAGACAUCAUAAACAUAACUCCAGCCCCUGGACUUUAUCCAGGCCUCACUACUGUGCCUGGGGGUCAGGAGAUCAAGCAUGGAGGUGUGGACAUUCUCAUCUCACAGCCCGUCGCCCCUCCAUUCACUGACUCCGCAAUGGCUCCCACUGGUGUCGUGUUCCACUACCGACCAAUUACUGGACGUUACACGCUGACUUUUCUGGAGGCCCAACAGGCCUGCAAGAGCAUUGGAGCAGUCAUUGCUAGCCCCAAACAGCUGCAAGCUGCCUUUGAGAAAGGCCUGCACCAAUGUGAUGCUGGUUGGCUUGGGGACCACACUGUAAGGUAUCCCAUCGUAUCACCCCGAGAUAACUGUGCUGGAAACCUGCUGCACCAUCCAGGAGUCAGAUCAUACGGCCUGAGGCCAGACUCCGAGCGCUACGACGUAUUUUGUUAUGUAGAACGUCUCCAAGGUGAGGUCUUCUUUACCAGCGACUAUGACAGCUUUUCCUACGAGGAGGCCGUGCAGCAUUGUGAAAACCUCAACACCACGCUGGCCACGACUGGACAGCUGUUUGCCGCUUGGAAUCAAGGCCUGGAUAAGUGUCGCCCAGGCUGGUUGAUGGACCGGAGUGUCCGCUAUCCCAUAACAAUCCCCAGAUCUCACUGUGGGGGCGGCCAGGUGGGCGUGCACAUCAUUUACGCCUUCCCCAAUCAGACAGGCUUUCCUGAUGAGCAUUCGCGUUACGACGCCUACUGUUUCAAAGCUGAAAGAAUCAUAGUUGACACUGACAAUGACACCAUUUAUGACCUGUUACUGACAACAGAUGUCAUCAACAAGACAACAGUUGCAGUUGAUCACUCCAUUCCUACAAUUGAAUCUACUGUGGGCUACAAUGACACUGAAACCAGUCCAAACAUCACAGACAUAGAACAGAUUAUCCAGAAGACAAACACCUCAACACAACUAACAGUUCCUACCGUCCCUGUUGAUGGUUCUGGUUCCGGAUCAGGUGAUCAUUCAGCCAGUGGCGAUAUCUCAGGGGCGCCCAGCACUACCAGCGGGAGCGGAGCUUCUGGUUCAGGAGUAGAUGUAACCUUUAGUGGACACACAGACAUUUCAUCAGGAGAUAAUUCUGCCUCUGGUGAACCACAGGAAGCAGAGGGGGGAAGUGCAGUCAUCUUCACCUCAGGAGAGCCUUCCAUUGCAUCUGGGUCUGGAUCUGGAUUUGUUGCAUCGGGAUCGGGAUCUGGUUUUGUUGCAUCAGGAUCUGGAUCUGGUUUCAUUUCAUCAGGAUUUGGAUCCGGCCUUGUUGCAUCAGGAUCCGGAUCUGGCUUUGUUGAAUUCGGAUCUGGAUCUGGCUCUGUUGCUUCAGGAGCUGGAUCUGGCUUUGUUGUAUCUGGAUCAGGUUCUGCCAGUGGCAGUGGAGACAUGAGCGGCAGUGGUGGUGACAUUCUGAUCAACAUACUGGAUGGAAAAGAGGAAGAGCUGUUGAACCCAACCCUCACUGAACAAGAGUUGGGAAGCGGUGUGUUGUGGGCUUCAGGAAUGUCCGGAUCAGGAAGUAUGUCCGGAUCUGGAAGUCUGUCUGGAUCAGGUGACAUUUAUGGAUCUGCUGAUAUGUUUGGAUCAGGAGGUAUGUCUGGAUCAGGAGGGAUGUCAGGAUCAGGAGGCAUGUCAGGAUCAGGAGGCAUGUCAGGAUCAGGAGGCAUGUCUGGGUCAGACAUCAGUGGAUUCUCAAGCAUCACCUUUACAGACAUCCGUGCCAUUGACCUAACAGCCCAACCAUCAGGAGAGCAGGAGUUGUCUGGAUACCAUCCCUUUGCAUCAGGCUUCCCCAGUGGCUUUACAAGUGGUUUUUCAUCAAGUGCUUCCAGCAGCGGUUCUGCCUCUGGCCAACCUUUUCAGACGGAUGGUGACAUCAUAUUUCUAACAGACGAUAGGAUAAAGGAAGUUACUAUUACUCCACUGGAAGAACACAAUCCUGAAGAGGGCCGAGGCGUAGUAGAAAUAAGUGGCGAGGGAAGCGGAUCUGGAAUCCAGAUUCAUAGCUCAGGCAGUUCGUCGACUUCUGGGCUUUCUAUAUCCCUAGCCCCUGGAUCUACCAUGACCUACCCAGACUACACUGGUCAAUCAGGACAUGGCCCAGAGGUGGAGGAGCCAAAAAUCAUCAUUUUUACUCCAGAACCUGUCUACAUCAGUCCGACAACAGCACCCACAACUUCACUGGCAACCCCUGCUGUGGUGGAGCAACCAGACGUAGAAGAGGCUGUGCGAGGUUGUCCAGAGGGCUGGUUGGGGUUCAUGGGAAGCUGUUACCUCCACUUUGCGGACAGACAAACCUGGUCAGAAGCUGAGCAGCGUUGCCAGGAGCUCAACGCCCACUUAGUUAGCGUCACAUCUGAGGAGGAGCAGCAGUUUCUCAACUCUAAAGGUCAGGACUACGAGUGGAUCGGUCUCAAUGACAAAGACGUUCAGAAUGAAUUCCACUGGACAGAUGGCAGUCCUCUGACAUACGAGAACUGGAGGCCGAACCAACCUGAUAACUACUUCAACUCCGGCGAGGACUGCGUGGUAAUGAUCGGACAUGAGGGAGGCCAGUGGAAUGACGUUCCAUGCAACUACUAUCUCCCCUUCUCCUGCAAGACUCAGCCCGUGGGCUGCGGUGCACCCCCGGAGGUGGAACACGCGGCGCCGAUGGGCGUCACUCGAGUGCACUACCUGGUCAACACCAAGGUGCGAUACCAGUGUCAAGCGGGCUACACGCAGCGCCACCUUCCUGUCAUACGUUGCAUGGAGAACGGGGAGUGGGAGAAGCCGCAAGUGGAAUGUACAGAAACAGGUGACGCCAACAGCAACAGGCUACACAAAAGGUCAGCGAGGAGCAGCAGAAGUAAAGCAGUCCUCAGACCACAGCAGCACAGGAAGACGCUCUGAGCGGGACUGAAAAGCACAAGUGAUAUUCACAUAAAGGACCCCUCAAUGGACAUCAAUGCUAAUGCCCGACCAAAACUGAAAGCAUCUCCCCCGUCGCGCCUCCUCCUCCAGUGUAAAUACAAACAGGAAAGCACAUUUAGAAGAUGUUAUUUAUAGAGUCUACUUUAGAGCAGUGCUCCAUGCACAAAUACUACAGGAGGAAUAGGAUUUAUUUAAUAAACAAAAAGUCAAUAUGAGUGGUAUUGAUGGCUCAGAGUGUUAGCAUAACCUUUAUUUCUAGAUCUGUGUUUGUGCUUCUUUUCCAGUGACGGCGACUGUGACUCACUAUUCAAGUGUACGAUCCCACUCUCAUCUAAUAUAGGUUUUGAUUCAAUUGUAAUAAUAUUAAAAUGUGGCUUUUUCAUUCCAUCCGAUUGGUGAGAACAAAUUAGAAUCGAUUAUGGACAAACAACUCUGAAGAUUCAGAAUUGUCUUCAACGAUUGCAAAAACGUAUGUUUCAAAGUUAAUUUUGCUGAACGCUUUAAAAUUUACUUGAGUACGAAAACCUGUACGACAAGUUUGAUUGAAGACUCUAAAAAGACGUAAGAUAGGUUCAUUUAAAAGUGCUAAAUUGUCUUAAAUUUUCGAUUAUGGAAAAACAACUCUGAAGAUUCAGAAUUGUCUUCAACGAUUGCAAAAACCUAUGUUUCAAAGUUAAUUUUGCUGAACACUUUAAAAUUUACUUGAGUACGAAAACCUGUACGACAAGUUUGAUUGAAGACUCUAAAAAGACGUAAGAUAGGUUGAUUUAAAAAUGCUAAAUUUUCUUAAAACUUUACCAAAGGAUGUACCUUUAACACUGCAUUUUCUUUGAUGUUUACAAAAACAAUGCAUUUAUUAAUGACUAUUCCAAAAAAUUUUUUUUUCGGGAAUAAAUGUACGUUACUGGAAAUUGUCUUCAGGAUGUACAAAAACGUAAACAGUUACGUUAAUUCAUGAUUCUUGCCGUGUUUUCCACGUUAAGUUUGCUGAAUGCAAAAAAAUAAAAAAUAUUUACACAAACCUGUAUGUCAAGUUUGAAGAUCCUCAAAAAGAUGUACGAUCGGUUGAUUAAAAACGCAAACUUGCCGUAAAUUUUGACCAAAAGACGUACCUUUUUUUUAACACUACAUUUUCUUUGAAGUUUAGGACAACACUCAUGUUAAAGUAAUCUAAGACUCCUAAUUUGAUUUCAAAGAUUAUAUAUAAUAAUUGAAUCCAAAACUCGAAAUGAUCUUUGUUUCUGAAACGAAGAUCAAGCAAUGACGACACUUUCGUUACUCGAAAUUGUCUUCAGUGUUUACGUAUUUUUCACCAAACUCAAUUUUUUUUGGUGUUCCCAAAAGCCUCCUUUAGGCUCAUUCAAUACUCAAAACUGCUUUCUAAGUUUAGAAAUAAACGAAUGUAAGUUUAACUGAAGACUAACUUGUUUUGAGUGUUUACGUAAAAAAUCUAAAAGACAACAAAUUGCUUUGAAUGUUUCCAAAACCAUCCUACAUUCAUUAGCUCUCAGGCGCUAAAUUGUCUUUGCACACAAAAUUGUGUGCAGAUGUUGAGGCUAAUUAAUGUUGUCUUUAAAUGUUACGAAAAGACAGAAGUUCUUUGUUAGUUUCGUUGACAACUCCAAUGCUGACAUACGUACCCACAUUACCCGAUCGUAUUUUUGUUACAAACUCUGAAGCUGAGACAAUGAAUCGAUUUUGUUGCGUUAGUCUGUGAAUACAAAAAUGGAGAAAUAGAGACUGUUAGCUGAGACCCGUCGCUGGCUUAACGCACGGGACUCACUGUAAAUAUUGGACUCUAAAACUGUGUGAACAGCGGGAUCUGUCAGUAACUUACAGCAAGCGUACCGUUUAUUUAAUCCUUAAUCAACCUGUAGAGUUUAGGUGAACAAAGUAGAACAAAGAAUCGUGUUUUUAGUCGACAAAGCCAGCCAGUUACAGGGAGUCCAUGCUGUCGGAUGACUGAGAGAGAAAACAAUGUCCAUCUUUGGUGUUUUAAAUCAUGUUCCUGUUUGCACGAGAGUGCAAACUUUCAGACCCCACCCAAGCACACAAGCACAAAGAAAGCAAAAUAUUGUGAACGCAAACGGAUAACGUGAAUUCUUGCUUGGUUUGUGUUGUCACAAUGUAAAGUAGCAAAGUAAAAUGUAUUUAUAUCAAGUAAAAAGUGUUUUUACAAAAGAAAACAGAAUGUGAAAAUGUGUUAGACUUAAACAACAAAUAUGUCAAGUAAUCUUACAAUGAAUUUCAUUGAAAAUAAAAGCACAAGCCCAAUAAAACACAGGUAAUAAAAACCUAAAUGUGAGGAGAAACUGUUGUUUCUGUUUCCAUGCAUGAGCAAACAGUGUGCUGUACUGUGCUGCACCAAAUAAAACCUGGAAUCAAA